AGUGGGUUCCUUUUGCAGGCUGGCCGGGAUGCCAGUGCAGGCCAGCUUUUCUUCCGUUUUCGUUAUCUCUCUCUCUCUCUCUCUCUCGCUGAGAAAAUAAACAGAAACCCUGUCUGUUACCAUUCAUGCCUUAUUAAUCUCUCUUUAAUGCUCCUAAUUUUUGAACUUCAAAACCCUAACUUUUCGCAUCUUCGCCUACACAAUAUAUAACCUCAACACCCAUUCGAUUCUGUAUAUCACACAUCUCUCUGAAUUUGUGAUCAUUUGCAUUUUAAUAGUAGAUAGAUUCUCAGAGAUGGCUACGAAUAUAGGCAUGAUGGACAGUGCGUAUUUUGUUGGGAGGAAUGAGAUUCUUUCUUGGAUCAAUGCCAGACUUCAGCUCAAUCUCUCUCGCGUUGAGGAGGCCGCAUCUGGUGCUGUGCAAUGUCAGAUGAUGGACAUGACCCAUCCAGGAAUUGUUCCAAUGCAGAAGGUGAAUUUUGAUGCAAAGACCGAAUACGAUAUGAUCCAAAAUUACAAAGUUCUGCAGGAAGUCUUUAACAAACUCAAAAUUGACAAGCAUAUUGAAGUCAACAAACUUGUAAAGGGUCGACCUUUAGACAACUUGGAGUUUUUGCAAUGGCUGAAACGCUAUUGUGAUUUUGUAAAUGGCGGCAUUAUGAAUGAGAAUUAUAAUCCCGUGGACCGUAGAGGUAAGGGCAAUAAGGAACGAAAUCCCAAGGGUUCUCUUAAGACCUCAAAGUCACUGCGAGCAAACAACUGUUAUAACCCUGGCUUGGGUGAUGCAGUAUGCAUUAAUAAAAUUUCUGGGACCAAACAAGGCAAAGCAGACACUGUAGGUGUGGGGGCUGAUUCAUCAGAGGAAAUUCAAGCUUUGUCCACAGAGAUUGCAGAUCUCAAGCUUUCUGUCAACCUUUUGGAAAAAGAAAGAGAUUUCUAUUUUUCGAAAUUACGGGAUGUUGAAAUACUUUGCCAGGCUCCUGAAUUGGAGCAUCUGCCAACAGCUGUGGCAAUUAAGAAGAUAUUAUACGCUGCAGAUGAAAAGGAGUCGGCACUUGCAGAAGCUCAAGAAAUCAUAAGUCAGUUGAUGAAUGUUGAUCAAACUGAUGUGGAUACCGAGUCUAACUGA